GGUGGAAGGAAUAAGCGUUAAACGUGAAACUUGGAAUCUUUAUUUCGGCUAGUAUUCUGAAUUUUCCUGUUUUAUGCAAAACGAAAUCGUAGAUAAACUACACCCACUGUUGAUCUGCAGGAUUCAGUACACUAUUGGCGGCCUUCUAUGACGGUAUUUGCCUUGUAACCUUGGCGUUUUGCGCUCCUAUCAAUAGAUGAGUAAAUAUGGCAGUCUUGCGUCGUGGGAUUUGCGUAUCUUCACCGAUUCAGGCUUUAACAGAAACGACGCCUCUGCCUUGGUUCAUUUCAUUCCGCAGCAAGUUCACAAAAUCGCGUAUUUCUCAAGAGUUACUGGACCAGUGGUCUCAAGAACAUGAGAAGUAUGGCGGCAACCCGGAGCAGCCGCAUAAGCUGCAUGUGGUGACGAGGGUCAAGAGUACCAUGCGCCGGCCGUACUGGGAGAAGAAGAUGGUAGAGGGACUCUGCCUGCAGAAGAAUAUCCCUUCGGUCAACAGCCAGCUGAAAUUCAUCAAGCAUCUAGUGAGGAUCCAACCACUGAAGCUUCCCUAUGGUCUGCCUGAUGAGGAAGACAUGGCCGACACCUACCUGAACAGCAAGGGAGAGCUGAUCGUACGCCGCCUCCUAAAACCUUUAGAGCCCAAAACCAUUGAGUCCUAGACACUUCAAGCCUGUAGAGCCCAGAGUCCAUGUACCUUUGUUCAUUUCAGAGAAACACUUCUAUAUCCUAGACCUGUCCUAUUAUAGUUCUAAUAAAACAAUAACAUUUACAAUUAUUUAGUUGACAUAUACUAUAUUUUUUUCAUACUGGCCGUACAUGUUAAUUUUAUGUAUAAAAUGUCCACAGAAUAAAGGUU